AUGUGGAAAAGGCCAAACUCAGGCUCGACAGGCAGACAAGGUUUCUCGCUUGUUCAUCGAUAUAUUCAACACUUUAAUGAGGUGUCAGGAAACAAAUCAGCUGCCAUUCGGAGACGGUCCAAAAUCCCUGGAGUGACAAUCACACAAUAUGUGCCACAUUUACCUGAGGGCAAAACUCACCCAGAUUUUCAAUGUAAACCAACAGCUGUCAAAGAAGGUAAAGUGGCUGUUUUUAAGGCUGUAGUUGUAGGGGAACCCAAACCCAAGGUAACAUGGAGUAGAAUCAAAGGAAAUAUGUCAGAUAAGAAGAAAUAUCAAAUGAAAUAUGAUGAAGCCACCAGGGAACACAUAUUAGAGAUUUUUAAUAUAUCUGCUGAAGAUGAUGAUACCUACAAAUGUAUAGCUUUAAAUGAGUUUGGCAAAGCCACAUGCACAGCAGCUCUACAUUUGACUGAAGUCUUGUCAAAUCCUUCUGACUUCAGAAAGCUGCUAAGGAAAACUGAUGAUGAAAACCAAACAGGGAAAUAUGAAGCAGACGAAGACAGAUUCUGGAAUGCCAUGCUUAAAGCUGAUAAAAAAGACUACAAGAAAAUCUGUGAUGAGUUUGGUGUUGCAGAUAUACAUUUAGCUGUGAGAAGAUUGGAUGAAAAGAGAAGAGAGAGAGCACAAAAGGAGAAAGGAAUAUCCUCAGAUGAGGAUGGACCACAGACCCUCAGUCCUGGAAUUGGGGGUAAAUCUAAUGAGUUCAAGAAGCCCAGUGUGGACUUUGUUGUAAAAAUUCAAGAGGUGAAAGCCCAGGAAAGAGAAGAUGCUCUAUUUGAAUGUGUCCUGACACAGCCCCUACCCAGAGUUACUUGGAAAGGGAAAAAUUGUGUCCUGGAGGAGAGUGAAAAGUACAACAUAAGUGUAUCCAACCAUAAACUCAUCCACAGGCUGCUGAUAAAAGACUGCAUGCAUCUGGAUAAAGGAAUCUAUUCGGUCGAGGCUGGCAGAGUGUCUUGUAGCGCUUUGCUAUUUGUGGAAGAUGACCAUGACCCUGCACCUGCUGGUAUGAUGAAACCUCGGAAAUCAACUAUAGCUAGAGGACUGAGCACAGACAUUGAAGAACUGGCCAAACAACAACAAAUAAAAAAUCAAAAGGAAAUUGAGAGGAUUUUAGCAGCUGUAAAGGAAAAACAACUGGAAGAGCAGCGAAAUAGAGAAAAUAAAUGUACCAAAAAAGCAAAAGGUGGUCGACAGUCAAGUGUUACUAAUCUGGCAGAUGGAUCAGAGCCAACUGCAGGUCAAACACAACAAACCGCUUGCAAGAAAAAAGCCAAGAACCAAAGACUCAGAGAAGGCUCUAGAAACACAACAGAUGAGACAGGAGUACAUGAUGGACUGAGAGAGACCAACAGGAAAAACAGGACUCAGGAUCAAUCUGAGCAAGGGACAGGUAUCAAUGAGGAAUUUUAUGAAGGUGCAUUUGAUUCAAGUUCCGAAUAUUCACAGAGCAGUGAAGAAUCAGAAUCUGACACAGAAUCUGAGUCGGAAUCUGAGACGGGAUCUGAGUCGGGAUCUGAAUUAGGAUCUGAGUCGGGAUCUGAGUCGGCAUCUGAGCUGAAAUCCGAAGAUGAGGAAAUAAGGACAGAUAAGAUCAACAGUUGUGAAGAGGAUCAAAUACGUGAGAAAGAAGGUGAGGAUAACUUUGGAAAGUCUGCGGUUACUAACAAGACUCAAGAGUCAAAGUCAAGCAAGAAAUGUGACCAAACAAAGGAUUCCAAUGAUAUUUACAAUACUGGACCAGAUGGACUAGAUGACAUUGUGGAGGAUGGUGAAGACCAGUUCCUGUCAACAACAGAUUCAAAGCAUGUUCAAAAACUACAGGCUUCAGCACAAGGUGUCACAAGCAAAAAGGCGGGCACAAAAAAGCAAAGAGAUAAAGAAAAUGGCACAUCUACAUCACGUUCAAAGAAAAAACGAAGAGUUCAGCUAACAGAAGAUAAUGUCAUUGAUGCAGGAGUUCAUUUCAUCUGGGGACUGUCGGAUGUGAACGCUGUGAUUGGUGAGUCAGCAGAGUUAACCUGCAAACUCAGCAGAGAAGACUGUGAAGGAGCCUGGUUCAGAGACGGCAAAAAGAUAUCCAAUGACGCUAACUUCACAACAUGGAAAGAUGGAGUGAUUCACACACUAGUUAUUAUCAAGUGUGAAGAAGAGCAUUCAGGCAAAUACCGCUUUGAGGCAGAUGGUCGUAAAACAGAAGCAAUGGUCAAUGUUAAAGAUCCACCCAGGUUUGUGGUAGAGGAUCUGGAAGCUUUCACUAAACCUGUGACAAUUAAAGUGGGACACAAUGCUGUCUUCAAAAUGGCUUUUGUUGGACACCAGCCAAUAAAGAUUCACUGGUACCGAGAGGAAGAGGAGCUCCAAGAGGACACCAACAUAAAGAUUGAGAGGUCCUCAAGCCACAGCCGUCUGCUUCUGAUCAGGUGCCAAAGGAAAGACACGGGAGAGAUCAAGGUCAAACUGAAAAAUGAAGAUGGCUUCACUGAGGCUAUUUCACAGCUAAUUGUGCUUGAUAAACCAACCAGUCCCCUUGGUCCAGCAGAGGUGAUUGAGAGCUCACCUGUAUGCAUUGAAUUUAAGUGGAGACCUCCAAAAGAUGAUGGUGGUUCACCGGUAACUAACUACACACUGGAGCGUCAGCAGGUGGGUCGAAACACGUGGAAGAAGUUGGGUGAAGUGCCGGGUGUGUCCUGCUACCGUGACACAGACGUGGACCAUGGGCGGAAAUACUCCUAUCGCAUCCGUGCUGUGACUGCUGAGGGCGUCAGUGAGAUCCUGGAGACAGAUGACAUGCAAGCUGGUACCCUAGCCUUCCCAGGGCCUCCUGCACCACCAAAGAUAACAGACGCUUAUGAUGACUGCAUCAAUCUGGCAUGGGUUGUACCAAAAAAGACAGGUGGCUCACGGAUUCUGGGAUAUAUUUUGGAGAAGCGCAAAAAAGGGAGUAAUCUGUGGUCAGUUGUCAACCCAUCUGGUGAACUAAUAAAAGAGAAGAAAUAUGCUGUAAAAGAUGUUGUGUCAGGUUUGGAGUAUGAAUUCAGAGUGGCAGCUGUAAACCUUUCAGGACCUGGAGAAUUCAGCUACCCCUCUGAGUUUGUUUGUGCACGAGAUCCCAAAAUGCCUCCUGGAAGAGUAAUAGGCCUAAAGGUGACAGAAACCUCCUACACACAUUUUGCCUUGACAUGGAGCAAGCCUGAGGAGAGAGUGGGAAUCCAGGAUGAGCCCAAAGGAUAUUUUGUUGAGAUUCGAAAUGCUGAGUCAAGUGAAUGGUCCAGAUGUAACAGCACCCCCAUGAUCACCACUUCAUAUAGUGUUAAAGGCCUCCGGUCCAUGAACCUGUACUGGGUCAGAGUUAUAGCUGUAAAUGAUGGAGGAGAUGGUGCCCCUGAAGAGCUGCCCAACUAUGUGAUGGCUAUGCCCUUGCCAGUGAGACCAAAAUUUACAAAUCAAAAAAUGAAGAGUUUCAUAGUGGUGAGAGCAGGAAAUUCAGUGAGGAUAACGGUAAACUUUGAGGCUUCCCCAAGACCGGACAUCAUGUGGCUGAAGGACAACGUGCCUGUGGCAAAGCGUGUUACAGUGAGUAACUGUGAUGGGUCGUCCCAGCUGCUAAUCCCCUCCUCUGAACGCUCAGACUCAGGCAUCUACUCCAUUCUGGUGAAAAACCUUGUGGGACAGGAGACGUUCAGCACCGAGGUUAGAGUCACAGAUGACCCAAAGCCUCCGGGCCCAGUAGAACUAGAGGAGAAUGUCCCAGGAACAGUGACAGUUGUCUGGGAACCCUCUCCUGAUGAAAAGCGAGAUGACCGCCUUCACUACACUGUGUCUAAACUGGACAGCACCAAACACACAUGGAUCACUGUCGCUGACCGGCUUUUCAAUAACAGGUUUACAGUCUGUAACAUCAUGCAGGGGAGAGAAUACCACUUCAGGGUGUAUGCCAAGAAUGAUAUGGGCAUUUCUGCACCUUCGGAGUCACUUACCUGGGGAAGAGAGAAGAAGAGAGAAAAGUUUGUUCUAAGCCUGGCGUCAAGUAAGGACUGUGAUUUGCGGUGUGCCCCAACCUUCAUUGUUCCACUGAAACUCCACACUGCACCCAAAGGUUAUGAAUGCUACAUGAGCUGUGCUGUGUCAGGAAACCCCAAACCACGGAUCACAUGGUACCGGAACAACAUUAGUCUAAACACAAAUACUAACUAUUACAUCUCCAACACGUGUGGGGUCUGCUCCAUGCUGAUCCUCCAAGUUGGUCCCAAAGACAUGGGAGAGUUUGUCAUCACAGCAGAGAAUGCCCUGGGAAGAGCAGAGAGCUCCACUGUGCUCUGCAUCAGAGAAUAA